AUGAGCUGCUUUUGCCCCCCCGACGAAGAAAUCUUCGACGAGGGAAGCUUCGACGAGGUAUCGUCCAGAGGGCCGCAACCAUGCGGCGGCGAAAACGCUGCUCCUGGGAAUGGCGUUCACCAACAGCGCGAAGCCACAUCAGCUGGAGCCACGUCAGCUCCUGCUGAAGCAGGUACAACCACGGCCAUCCCGCCUGAUGCGGCUGCAGCGUCGUGUUUCCAUCCCCCUCCCCCUGCUGCUGCAUCCGCGGACUCCAGGUUGCGCGCAAUAGAAGCCUUCCCCUUGCGGCGCAGCGCUCUAAAGCGGAACUUGGGCGCUGGGAAUCAGCAGCAGCAGCAGCAGCAGGAGGCGCAGGGGCAGGCGCAAGGGCAGCAGCGGCCAUGGCAGUCGUGGUUCCGGAGUCGAUCCCCUCAGCAGCAGCAGCGGGACGGCGGCUCCCGCGCGGAGGAGGCGGAGGCGGAAGACGACGACGGGCGCGCGCGGGACGUGUGGGAGGCGGCGGAGGAUAACACGCUGGGCACGUGGGCGAAUCCGGUCUCCGCCUCCCUCCGCUUCACCCGCGCGGCGCUCACGCGCAGCAGCAGCCGCGCGGCGGCGUCGAUCCGCGACGCGCAGCACCUUCUGUGGCACAGCAUCGGCGGGGGGAGCGGGCGGGAGGGGACGGGGUCGAGCCGGCGGGACAUGGGCGCAGCCGCGGACCAGGCGGUGCGCCUGGCGCGAACGAGCGAGGAAUGGGAGAAGGAGGGGGAAGAGGAGGAAGAGGAGGAGGGGGAGGGGGAGAGGGGAGGGGAGGAGCCGGGGAAGGCGGGUAAAGGGGCGGCGGAUAAGGCCGACAAGGGGCACGGGGCGGAAGAGGUUGAGAGCGGUGCAGGGGGGGUUGGAUCGGCGGGGCUGGGCGGGGAGGGAAGGGAGGAAGUUGAGGGGCGGAAGGCGGACGGCUGGGCGCGAAAUGAUAGAGACGCGGAGAGAGGAGUUGGGGACCCGGAUGGUGAUGGGUUGAAGGAGAGUGAUAAUGAUACACCAGGUGUGGUGGUGGUAGGAGGGCGUUCUAACACAAAGGGGGCGGCACAGGUUGCAAGGGGAGCGGGGGAAGUGGGAAGAGGGGCGGCAGAGUGUGCAGGAGUCGCAUCAGGUGUUUCUGCAGCACAGAGGGGGGUGAUUCAAGGGGAAGGAGGUUCCAACACAAAGGAGGGGUGCGACAGUGCCGAAUGUGCUUCAAGUGAAGGGCGUGACGCCGGCAGGGUGGGGGCUAGGGAGGCUAAUCCUGGGGGUGACAGUAACGAGCGGUGGCAGAUUGGGGAGAGUUCAAGCGCUGUUGCCUGCACGGUCGAGAGCAGGGAAGGGGCGGGUGAUUCCGUGUGUGCGACAGGCGCCACCACUGGUACAGAAGACAGGCAGGAUUCGCAAAGUCUGGACACACGAGCAGCGGAGAACCACCAGCAGCAGCAGCAGCAGCAGCAGCAGCAGCAUCACCAGCAGCAGCAGCGCCUAGAAUUAAAACAGGAUACUGCUUCUUCCUUGGAUUUGCCGCCAGGUGAUGCAGAGGCAGCAAGAAAUCCUGCUUGUCUGGCUGUUGGUUCUACCCGGUUGAGCAGUGGCGGAGGAGACGAGCAGCGGGGAAGUGGGAUGGGUGCAGCAGCAGCUGCAGCAGCAACAGAAGCAGCGGUUGCAGCAGCAGCAGCAACAUCAGCAGCAGCAGCAGUAGCAGCAGGUGGAGGGUUAGGGUUAGAGGCGGUGGAGGGGGAGGAGGUGUUGGAAAAGGGAGAGGUGGUGAGAGGGGAGGAGGGAGCAAGUAAAGGUUCGGAGAAUGAAGGUUCGGGGAAUGCGGGUUUGGGGGAUGCAGGGUCGGAAGAUGCAGACUUAGAAAAUGCGGAUUCACAGGUGCACUGUAGCUUGAAUACGGAGGCAGAAGGAGGGGUGAUUGCAGGGAGGAUGGCAGACGAAACAGCAGACAGGGUACAGCUGGAUAUGCAGGAAGACAAAGAGGUAGUCGAAGGGAAGGAGGAUGGAGGAAGAGAAAGGGUCGGUCCAGGCGUGGUAUCCCCUCUUAGAGGUGCGGAUUUCGCCCAUGAUAACACAUUAUCCGACAACAGACGAGAGCAGCAGCAGCAGCAGCAGCCGGAAACACCUGACGCCAUCCCGCAUUCGGGAAUGCAUCCGGGGGUGCCGGCGCGGCUGAUGCUAGGGCUGGAGCACUCAGGGGAGGUACUCAUGUCUCACUCGCACAGGGGCGGGCGGGUACGCAGCAGCAGGCGAAUGGUCCAUGGUGCAAAUGGGGAGGUUCGGGCACAGGAGGAGGUCAGUGGGGCUUUUACCUCUGUGCUUUCGCUGAUUGAUUCAGAAGAUGAGGAUGAGGAGGAAGAGGAGGAGGAGGAUGAGAGAGAGGGUGCUGGAGGUGAAGGUGAUAGUAACGGUGUUAGUAUCGGGGAUGGGGGUCAUGGUGGGGAGAGAUACUAUAACGGUGGGGAUGGUGAGAAUGGUGCUAGCAAGGACAGCACUGCACCCACCACCAGUGAUCAUCAUCCCACCAAAGCACUUGCGACUGACCCCAGCAAGUCACCUCAGGGUCAGGCCUCUGGGUCCGGGACGGGGCGUAGUAGGAGCCCUCUGGGCUUGCAACAGCACGCAAGUGGUAGUAGGAUGGACGGACGCAUGGCUGCUGCUGCUGCUGGUGCUGCCGCUGCUGCUCCUGGCACUGCUGCUGCCUCCGCCGCUGCUGGUGCCGCUGCUGGUGCUGCUGCUGCGGGUGCUGGUGCUGGUGCUGGUGCUGGUGCUGGUGCUGGUGCUGGUGCUGGUGCUGGUGCUGGUGCUGGUGCUGCUGAUGGUGGUAGAAGUGGAGUAGGUGGAAGAAAAGGGUCUCUGAAAGGGGGCCCUCAGCAGGACCGAGCCUCGAACUACGCCAGGCUCGGCAAAGGGGCGGUUUCCAUCCCGGCCAACUCGCUAGGUUUGGUAACCCCGUCUAGGCUCGUGCGGGUGCAGUCGUUGGAGCAGAGGCUCAUGCAGGAAGCAGAAGUGGCGGACGCUGCUGUCAUGUAUGCUGCGGCUGUGGGGCCAGGAGGUUCGGCAGGAGGCUCGGCAGGAGGUUCGGCAGGAAGGGAGUUCAGUCCCGCACGCAGCAGCGCAGCGGCAAGGCACGGGGAAUUGAGGGCAGGCAUGGGAGGAGGUUCGGAUUGGGAUAGGAGCACAGAACUGGGGGAUCCCUUGGAAGAGCGGGAAGAAGGGGAGGGCGGGGAGGGUGGAGGAGGGAUGAAGGGGGGUAAAGGAGGAAGCGAGGAGGAGAGGGCUUUAGCUGCUGCUGCUGAGCGACGGAGGAUAAGACUCGCUGCUCUGAAGAGUGGCAGGGGAGGCGGCAGCAUCAACAGGGACAGCACCGGCGGUGGCGGCAGGGACAGCAGCGAGGGUAGUGGUGGUGGUGGUGGGGGGGGGAGCAUGAAUAGGAGGAGCAGCAGUAUAGCAGACGAUCCCACUGCUCCGGCUAAUUAUUCCUUCACCCGGUGCCAGACCUGGGGGCCCACUGCUGCUGCUUCCCACAGCAUGCGCAGGAGUCAUACCUUAGAGGGUGGGGCUUUCACUCCUUCGCCCAAAACCCCUCCCCCCUGCCCCAGUAGUUCUAGGCGCAGGGCAAUCAGGGGAGCUUCUGGGGAGUAUGGUGGGGGCGAGGGUGGGGGGGAGCGAGAGGGAGGGGGAGAGCGGAGGAGGGGGAGUAGGGGGAGACUGGUUCCCCCCCCUAGGAGUUGCAGCGUGGAGGGGACUGAGGGGGGUGAGGGGGAUGAAAGGGAUGAAAGGGAUGAAAGGGAGGAAGGGGAUGAGAGGGAUGAGAGGCGGCAAGGGCAUAGGCACAGGCUGAUGCUACAUGAAGAGGGGGAUGCAUGUGAAUACAACAGUAGCCCUGGCGAUACAUGGGGUUCUAAAGGAGGGGCUUACCGGGUGGGAAGAGGGGAGGUGAUUCGGAGUGUAUCGGAGCAGAGCGAAUCAGAGGAGGAUCUAUCACAGCUCUUCUUUUCAGCCCCGUUGGGGCCGGAUGGGAGGGGUGGGGGAGGGGGGGCGGAGAGCAGAGGGGGAGGGGGACGCAGGACACAUGUUUCUGGGUUGGCAAGGGGACCCCCGAGGCCAGUGCAAAGGGGAGCAAGGGGAGUAGGAGGAGGGGGGUUGGCGAGGCGUGGGAGUGGGUUGAAUGCGGUUCCCGGUGGUGCUGUUGGUGGUGAUAGGGGUAGUGGGGUGGUGCUUGUGCCAGCCGCUAGGAGACAGCUCGCUAGGCAUCGUUCCGAACCUGCUGCCAUGCUUGAUUUGUUGCUUCGGGCAGCCACCGAACCAGAUGCGGAUGGAGGGGGUGAGGCGGGGGGGAGGAGUGGAGGGGGAGGAGGGGGAGGGGUGGUAAGUUUGGGGGGAGUUGGGGGGAGGAGUGCAUCAGGGAUUGGAGAGGAUGAGACGGGGGAUGAGAGUGAGUUUAAGGUUAUGCAUUGGCCAUUGCCGGCUUUGCAGGAAAAGGGAUCGAGGAGACACAAGGAUGAUGGUGGUGGUGGUGGAAGGGGGUGA